AUGGUGCUCCUCGGUAUUAUGUCUCGUCUAAGGUGGAUUCGACAAGUCCCAUCACUGGUUUCUCCAAAGACUUUGUCUGUCAUCGGAACAAGGCCCAUGAGUAGUUUGAAAUACACAAAAACACACGAGUGGAUUCGCCCAGAGGACGGUACAUACACUAUUGGCUUGUCAAAGUUCGCCACUGAUUCUAUCGGAGAUGUGGUUUACGUUGAUCUCCCUGAUCCCGGAACUAAACUGAAGAGGGGCGAAAGUUUCGGUAAUGCCGAAUCCAGCAAAGCCACCUCCGAACUUUUUGCACCGAUCAGUGGCACUGUCGAAGAAAUUAACGAAGCUGUCAGAGACAAACCUUCCCUCUUAAACAAGUCACCUGAAAACGAUGGUUGGCUUCUGAAGAUGAAACCGGAUUCUUCAACCACAUCAGACGAUCUGAUGACGGGGGAGGAGUACCGGGAAUUCCUCCGCCGCGAUGAGCGCUAG